AUGGCCACCUCCGCUUACCACGACUUCUCUGCUUUAGCGAAUACAUCUAAUCCUGGCCUUUCAUCGCUGACCUUCGCUCUACAGGCUCUUCUCCAUCGUCAUGAAAGCUAUAUAGCUGAGGCGGAAGGAGACCGCCAACGGCUUGAAGCAAGCAUCAACGUACUAGAGCUUGAGAAGCGCAAGGUACAGGAAGAGAAUGCCCGCAUCGUUGAGGAAAAUCGAUCACUUCUCGACCAGCUCGAAAGCCUAAAUAGGACGGCCUCCGAGUCAGAUGACCAUGUGGAGUCGCUCACACGAGCUUUGGAGUCGACACAGGCAGAGCUGCGCCGCGUCACUGUUGCUGCAGCUCGGGCCGCGGACCUUGAGGCUCAACUGGUGCUGAUGGAAUCGCAACAAUCCCAUUUAGAGGAUCAGAUGACGAUAGCCCAGGAAAGCGAAAAGUCUGCUAUCCAGCGCUGGAAGAGCGCUCAAUCCAUGCUGUGUGAUCUUCAUGAACAGGUGGAGCGGAUUGAGGCCGAAGCACGAGAGGAGCGCGAGCAACACGAGGAGCUUAUUCAAAGGCUGGAGAGAAAACGCGCUGUGGAACGCGAGUUAGAUAGGGCCGCUGGGCGGCUGAAAGGUGCAGCCGCUGCUUCUGAGCUCGGCCGAAACCCCAACACACAUGUCGUAUCCCGCUUCGUGAAGGAUAUCUUGCAAGACAAUGCAAACCUCCAAGUUGGGAUUAUGGAGCUUCGGGAACUGCUGGAAAGCUCCAACCAGGAAGUUCAAAACCUGCGCGAACAGAUCCACACGCAUCAACCGCUGGCCGGUCUAGGGGAGACGGAUCAUGGCGGGCGUCCUCGUUGCACCACUCUCAGUGAAGAGCUCGAAUCCAAGGAACAUCGGGUUUCCAAGGAAUUCCACAUUCAUCAUCACUAUCAUACGGCCAUGUCUGGAUCAAAGAAAGAAAAGGGCACGCUGAAUCGGCGAGUUAAGAAGCGGCGUCCUACAUUGGGCAGUCCUGCUCCCUUAUACUCUACUACCAGCAGUCAAUCGCCACGCCGCCCCAUGCAUCGCUCACAGUCCUCUAGCUCGUCGAUCAACACGAUCCUCUCACACACAUCAGUCUCUAUACCUCCCACUUCAUCUCGUCGAUGGUCACACCACUCCCCUGCGACCGACUCAAUGGCGAGCUCUCCACGGUCGGCCUUCCGAACAUCAUCUAUUUUUGAUCGUAUGGAUCGUGGCUUUGAGUCCUCUCAGCCCACUUCCCCUGAAAGCACUGUUUUCUCUUCGCCGGUGCUACGGGCGCACAAUGCAAAGGGUCUCGAUUUGCCAAUUCGAUCGUUACCGGCCCUUGAUGAUCUUGAUUCUGAAGGUGCUUCGUCUGCACCUCUUGGAGAGGGUUCUUCGGGGCAGUCAGGUCAUUUGGGAUUCUACGCAGAUGCGACCCAUCAAUCCAUACCAGAAGAGUCUGAGACUCCUCCACGAUCAUCACACGAAAGCACGUCGCAUGAUCCGGGUCUGUCCACAGAAGAAGUCUUUGCGCUUCAGUUUCCUCCUUUGCGCAAAUCAAGUUCGCAUGAGAGCUUGCUCUCGGUGGCGGGAAUGGACAUCCACACGCCCACGGAUCGUCACUCUCGCAUGGGGGGAUGGUAUCCCGGUCUGCGCAUUCCGCGACGCAUCGUUUCAGCCAGCACUGAACUGGCCUCUACGCCACCGGUGAUUUCAGCGCCGGUAGUGAUCGCUGACCGCGCCUCUGGACCUGGCCAAUCUCCGCGCUCGCUCCUUGCUUCUGUCGCCGCAGGCAGUGGUCUCUCCUUGGAAACUGGGUCUACACAUUCGGCAGAUAGCAACAGUACCAAUUCUACCGCUACCCCAGGUCCUAGGAAAUCCACUACGUUAACCAGGCGCAUGGGUGGAUGGGUCCUCGGCAAAUGGGGCAUGGCACCGCUCCCAGGCGACGCGACAGAAUCAGAAAGUGAAUCUUUACACCCAACAACAGAACCCACUCGAUCGCCCGCUGCGCCUCCGACGGUGCCGCCGCCACGAUUCCGAUUUACAGGCGUGAAUCAAAAGGGACCUAUUUUGGGCCUGCGACCACCACCGCAAGCCCCAAUCAACAUUCAGCCACAGAAUGUAGACCAAGAUCUUCUGCGCGAGAGUCUCGCGGAAGGUGAUUUAUGA